AUGUACGAUCACUUUCCAGAUAGGGUAUUGCGUCAAUAUGGACAUGUCCAAACCAUCCCUGGUUCACCUUUGGAGAUAGUAGGUCAGACGACCACACCAGAGGAAAUGGACAUCAUGUUUACGCAAUACGUUGUGCAUGUAGUUGACGAUGUGGCAAUUGUACAGGGACAUGCAGACUGCGCAAAUGAGUACAUGGAUUGGUUUCGUCGGGUUUCUCAUCCAUAUAUCAUUCGUAGACAACCAGUCCAUGUAGCUCCUUCGGUUGAAGAACCUGCCGAUGAUGAUUAUGCUUCAGCUCCAGUUCAAACAACGAGUCGGGCAAUACAAAUUGCAGAGGAGCUUCUUGGUCGACAACUGGUAUUACCUGAUGGCAUGACACUCGUGAACGAAUUAAUUUUGGUGUUGCGGUCUCAGAUGGGUGGUGGUAGAUAUUGGACCAACGUAGUACCAUAUCGUAGGAGACAUAGAGGGACUUAG